GGGGCCCCGGGGGGGCCCCCGGGGGCCCCCCGGGGGCCCCCGGGGGCCCCCCGGGGGCCCCCGGGGCCCCCGGAAGGGCCGGGGACUGGAGCUGCGGGCACUGCGGAAACCUGAACUGGGCCCGGAGGGCCUCGUGCAACAUUUGCAAUGCCCCGAAGCCCUCGGCUUUGGAUGAACCUCGAAGAGGAAGAGGGGGGGGACAUUUUGAUUUACAAGACCCUAAUGACAGGAGAGAACAUGACUCGGAUGGAGAGACUUUCGACGAGUUUGGCCGGAAGAAGAGGCUCAAAACGAGGGGUUUAGGCCUGCUGCAGCAGCAGCAGCAGCAGCAGCAGCAGCAGCAGCAGCAGCAGCAGCAGCAGCAGCAGCAGCAGCAGCAGCAGCGCGCGCGCGGCGCGGAAGACGGACUCAAACUCGUCUUUCCCCCCGCGCCGCUGCGCCUCCCCGAAAGCGAAGACAGCGAAGAAGAACCCGACGGGAUCCGAUCCCGAUCCCGAUCCCGAUCCCGAUCCCGCGAGCGACGCUCCCGAUCCCGAUCCCGCGAGCGACGCUCCCGGUCCCGCGAGCGACGCUCUCGGUCCCGCGAGCGACGGCACAGGCGCUCCAGGUCCCACGAACGCUCCAGAAGAUGA